GCUGCCUGUGGUCUGUCUGUGUGCAUUCGUUCUGUUCUCUCGGAGCGGCUGAAGAGAGUGGGCGGGUCCGUCCGGCUAUGAUCCUCCAAGCCCGGCUCUCUCCGUGAGGUGACGGUGUAGACGUCGAACUAACCCGGUGGACAGAGAUACUGAGCUGAGAGGAGAAGUAGCGCUCGUUUGUUAAAUUGCUGUGUCUCGUCAUCGCUGUUGUGUGUCCGUGUUUCACUGUUUGUUUUGCAAAUAAUCAGGAUAAAACUACAGCCGCACCGCUUUACGUCAUGUCGUGGAGCGGAGCGUGGUGAAAACAGCACACGUGUGUUCACAGCAAGUGUCUGAUGUUUUACUGCUGCUCGCUGUCCACGGGUUCUGGUGAUGGAUGAGCCCCCCUGCAGAGAGGAGCCCCCGGCCUGUGAGGAGGAGGAGGACAUGUCUCUGUCUAAUGUUGUUGGUCUCAGUCUGUGUGACUCUGCCCCCCUGCUGUGGAGGGUGCAGGACCUGAAGACAGUCAGGUUUCAGGGUCUGGUGGGGGCACUGUUAGGUUCACUUCCCCGGACCCCCCGACAGAACGGACGACUGGGAAGACCACUACUCUUGCUGCCAGAGGAGGAGAGACUGCUGAGUGAACACCAGGCUGCUGCUGCUUUACCUGCUAGUAAUCAGGAUGGAGUAGGGGAGGAGAUCUGUCAGUGGGUGGAGAAGUACAGGGAGGAGCAGCAGAGGAGUUUUGCGGAGCAGAGUGUCCUCGCUCUUGAGGACAGGAAAUCAGCGCUGCUGCAAGCCAUGACCUCAUCACACACAGGUUCACAUGCUGGACUUGGGACCUCAGCCAAGGCCCUGCAGGGCCGCCUGGAGGCCCUGGACCGGAGCUUUUCCUUCCCUCGAUCGGCGAUGGCGGUCCAGCUGAGCACGGUGAGGGCCGGGCUUACCUACUGCCCCAAGGACCGUGCCUUUCUGCAAGCUGACUGGCCAAUCAGAGCACAGUACAACCCGCAUUGUGACAUUAGGUACCAGGUGUUUAGAGACCUGAGUGGGCGGGGCUUCUACCUGACCUCAGCAGGGAAGUUUGGGGGAGACUUCCUCGUAUAUCCAGGUGAUCCUCUUCGUUUCCACGCCCACUUCAUAGCCGUCUGUUUGUCCCUUGAUGAGGCGGUCUCUCUGCUGGACCUCCUCUCUGUGGCUCGUCUGGGAUCCAAUGUAAAGAAGACGGUCCUGCUCUGCUCGCCGGGGCCAGACGGAGGAGUGCGGUACACCUCGCUGCAGUGGAGUGGUAUGGUUUAAAGACUUGAACAGUCUGAGACAGUUCUGAAUACAGGGAAACACAGUCCAGGAGCCUCCUCAGGACCCCUGCUAGUCCUCAGAGGGGGUAAAAACUGAGAGCUAAACCCAGAAGACAACCAACAAGCAGGGACUUAAGACUGCUGGAGGGAAAACAAUGUUAAUAUUACAAUGAUACAGAGGGUAAAACUCUUAAAUCCACAUGAUCCUGUAGAAAUUAAUGUGUCCACCAGGGGGCAGAGUCACAUCACCAUAAACAUGUUGGGUCCAGAAAUAAAGUUCUACCUG